UUCUGACGCAAGGGAUCUAGGCUUUCCAACCCUGAGGUUUUGGCCAAAGGUGUUUCCUCCAGGGCAGGGGGAUUCAGUUCCUGGUAGCCCCAGCAGCAGGACAGGACCAUGGAGAAGCUGUUGUGGUGUUUCCUGGUCUUGAUCAGCGUCUCUGAUACUUUCAGCCAGAGAGACAUGAAUACGAAGGCCUUUGUGUUUCCCAAACAGUCCGAUGAUUCCUAUGUGGCCCUGAAAGCACAGCUGAGGAGGCCUCUGAAAGCCUUCACUGUGUGCCUCCACUACUACACUGAACUAGCCACGACCCGCGAUUACAGCAUUUUCUCUUAUGCUACCAAGAAACAUCCCAAUGACAUCCUCAUAUUUUGGUCUAAGGACAGAGGAUAUGUUUUUGGGGUGGGUGGGCCUGAAGUGAUAUUCAAGGUUGCUGAAGUCAAGGCAGCUCCAGUGCAUCUUUGUGCAAGCUGGGAGUCUACCUCGGGGAUCGCAGAGUUCUGGGUGGACGGGCAGCCCAUGGUGAGGAAGAGUCUGAAUAAGGGAUACUCUGUGGAGACAGAUGCAAGCAUCAUCCUGGGACAGGAGCAGGACUCUUUUGGUGGAAGCUUUGAUGCAAACCAGUCUUUGGUGGGAGACAUUGGAAAUGUGAAUAUGUGGGACUUUGUACUGUCACCAGAUGAGAUUAACACUGUCUAUUCUGGUGGGACCUUCAGUUCUAAUGUCCUGGACUGGAGGAGGCUGACAUAUGAAGCAUAUGGUGAAGUGUUUGCCAAGCCCCAGCUGUGGCCCUGAGGCCCGAUCAUGGGUCCUUAAGGUGUACUGGAGAUUAUGCCUCAUGGGCCCUUGUUGCCAGCUCUGGACGGUUGUCCCCCUGGAGUCUGCAGGCCUGCUCUGUGAACAUAGUCCCUGCUUCCCUGCUCUGCCUUCUUCAGCAACUGGGAAUGGAAUGGAAGUGUCUGGCUUGGGAGUUCAUGAACUACUCAUGGAAGUUGUGUCCAGGAGAAACAGAAUUGCAAGUGUUUUUUUUUUUUUUUCCUAUUUUUUUUUGUUUUUUAAAUCAAAUAGAUCUUAGAAGUAAUCUCUUACCCUCACUUAGUUGAUAACACUGACACCCAGAAAGAAGUGAUUUUUUUUUUUCUUUAAGUCACAGGGCGAGGACAUCUCUGAACUGAGAAUAGAGUGCUGGUCUUCAACCUAAUUUUCUACCCAGGAGCUCCUGGGUGGCAUUGCCUAUAUUCACAAGGCUCUUCCAUCUCAGACGGAGAGCACUGGCCAACUUCACCGGAUCCAGAGUCCUGAGUGCUCAUCAUUCUGUCCUGGGCCGAGGUGUUCUGAAAUGGGAAACCCAGCAAGGCUGUGCAGUCACUCCAUUUCCUCAGAGUACCCUGGAAAAGUAAUCUUUUUUCCUGGGCAAAAUGAGGCAUCUAGGUAUAGUUAUUAACACUUUGUUACUGCCAACAACUUAUGUAAUAAUGGCUUUCAUUUGCUCUUGCUGCUUUCUUAAUUUUAUACUUCCUCCAGGAAAUUCUUCUCCCACUGCACAUGAGUCUCUCCUCCUUUCCUCCUUCCCAGGCUGCGAGAGUAGUUGUGUGGCCCACACCAAGGGGUCCUAUCAGAGUAGCCCAUCUCCUCAGCUCCCCCGGAGGUGGUUUGGGAUGGUUUUGUGUUCCCAGCAGGACCAGUUAUAGUCCUCCCAAGGGAGGGAAGGACUUCUGGCCUUUGGGUGGGAGAUAUCUUUUUGCUGCUGGGUUUCCAAGCUGAGGGGAAGAGAGUGUGGGACUGCCAGCAGCCAUCCUGCUCACUCACGGAGAGAGGCUGUGAGGACAGAUGCCAUGCUGGGAGCAGAAGCUCUGAGGGAGUGACAGUGACACACCAGUCUCUGAGCCAGCCUUGCCUGGAGUCAGGUCUACUCCAGGACUUCCCGGGUCUCUGAGCCAAUAAAGCACUUGUUUACUCCA